GAGAAAUGGUGUGCAGCCUUCUUUACAAAAUAUCUUUUAAAAAGGCUAGGGCUCCUCCUCUUUCCACCUCUCGUUCAUUUUAACCCAGAGAGAGAGGGCGAACAAGCAUUCAAGACAGGGUUAGAAAGGUAACGCGAUGUACAACGGAAUAGGGUUACAAACCCCGAGGGGGUCAGGUACUAAUGGGUACAUACAGGGCAACAAGUUCUUCAUCAGGCACAGGACUGGGAGGAUCGCCGAGAACACCAAGGGAUUCGAGCCGAACCAAGGCACAGCCGGUGUCACUCGGAAGCCCAACAAGGACAUCCUCGAGCACGAUCGCAAGCGUCAGGUCGAGCUCAAGCUCGUUGUGCUCCAGGACACGCUUAUGGAUCAGGGUUACACUGAUGCCGAGAUUGCUGAGAAGCUCGAUGAGGCUCGGAAGACUCUUUUAGCCUCCGCUUCCGAUGAUGGACCUGCUGCCAUUGGGGGCUCGGACAACAAGCUUUCAGAGACGCAGACCCACCAAAUUGCUGCUAGAAAAGAGAAGCAGAUGGAAACAUUAAGAGCUGCUUUUGGGAUAGCUGCAUCUGAACUCAAUGAACAAAAUAUUGAAGGGAUUGAUGAUGCAAGAGAUGGCCAGAAAAAUGGUGUAAGUGAUGACGUCAAGCAUAAUGAGAAGCGUGAGCAUGCUUUUCUCGAUAGGGAGUUCAGAUCGAAAAAAAAUAUGGAGGAAGAUCAGAAAGCCGAAAAAGAUGAUAAGAAAAAGGGUGUCCGUAAAGAAUCAAGGCGCCACAAGAAGGAAGAAAGUAAAAAGAGGAGGCGGGAGACUGAUUCUUCUGAUACAGAUAGCAGUAGGGACCAUGGAAAGGCUCUUCGAAAGAAACAUCACAGAGUUAAUAGGGGGAGUGAUGGCAAAAGUGAUUCUGACAUUGAUGUUUAUAAGAAGCACAAGCCUUCGAAGAACUAUAAGAAAAGCAGAAUGCUCGACAGCGAUGAUUCCGAUUCUGCCACUGAUUCUGAUGGCAAUGUCAAUGCACGCAAGACUUCAAAGAAGCACAAGAAAAGCAGAGCGCAUGACAGUGAUGAUUCUGAUUCAGCUACUGAUUCUGAUAUUGAUAUUGAAAAGAAGCGUAAGACUUUAAAGAAGCCCAGGAAGAACAGAAAGAAUGAUAGUGAUACUUCUGAUUCAGCAACUGAUGAUGAGGACAUUGGCAAUGAGAGUUCCAAAAAGGGGGCCAAGUAUAAAAAAUCUAGUAGCAGGCAUGACUCUGCUGGUGGUUCUAGGUUUGAUGGGGGCCCAUCCAAGCAACAAAUUCAGAAUGGUAAUCAGCCUGUGAGAACUAGCAGAAGACAUGAUUCAGAGGAUGAAUCUGAUGAUACCGAUAGUGAAGUGGAAAAGAAAAGAAGUCAACUGGAGGGACAGAGGAACCAGCAUACUGGAAGUCGUCAGAAAGAGAGAGGUGAGGUGGAUGUGGAAGAUCACAGAAAAAGUAACAAUGGUAGACAUCUUAAAAGCAGCAUAGUGAAUUAUGUGGAUGAUGAAUAUGAUUCUGACAGAGCAGGAAAAUAUAAACGGGAAAUAACUGAUAAAAUUCGGAGAAGUGGCAGGCGUGACUCUAAAGACGAUUAUGAUUUUGGUACUGAUGCUGAUGACAAAGCAGAGAAGCAUAGAAUUAAGAGGCAUAAUACUGAUGAAACGGACUCUGAUGUCCGUUAUGAUAGCAAUGCUAAGAUGACUGCCGGGAGACAAAAACCAUUGGAGAAAGAGUCAUUUUUUCCAAUUGAUGACAUUGAUAAUAGUCUGUACAAGCCCAAGAGAGAUGUGGAUGGAUCCAGCUACCAAAGUCGAGAUGUAACAAGGAAGAGAAAUCUUAAUGAUGUAAAUGAAGAUGGGCAGCCAGAAUUGAAGUCAAGAAGCCAGAAUUAUGUUAAAGAGGAAGAGCACAACAGUGGGGAGCAGCAGAAGGACUCCAGAAUUGAGUCUGAAUUGUAUGCUAGAGCAUACAUAAGCAAGGAUGACCAGAAGAGGGAGGAUUACAGAAGGAUUAGAUCUGGGGGACGGCAUGAUAAUGAGACUGUUGAACGUGGUGGCAGAAUUUAUGAUAAAGAUGAUGAACCACAGCGCCUUGGUAGAAAGGAUGACCGGGAUUAUGAGGAGCACAGAGGGAGAAAGCAUAGAAGAGAUGAUGAAGAUUAUGAUAGAAGGCAUGAGAGGGUUAAUGAAGAGCAACAGCAUGGAAGUAGAAGGCAGGUAAGAGGGGAGGAAGAAGAGCGUGACAACGGGCGUGAUGAGAGGGAUAGACAUAUGGACUACUCCAAGAAAGCGAGAUAUGAUGAUUCUCGAUCAAGUGAGAGAAGAAGGUAUGAUGACAGACGUGAUGAUGAUAGAGCCAGAAGGCAUGAUGACAGACGUGAUGAUGAUAGAGCUGGAAGGUAUGAUGACAAACGAGAUGAUGGUAGAGCCGGAAGAUAUGAUGACAAACGUGAUGAUGAUAGAGCCGGAAGGUAUGAUGACAAACGUGAUAAUGGUAGAGCCGGAAGGUAUGAUGACAAAUGUGAUGAUGGUAGAGCCGGAAGGUAUGAUGACAAACGUGAUGAUGGUAGAGCAAGGCGUUGAGGCUAAUACUGCCAUUUGUCUUGGAGUUUAAGUGCAGAUGCACUUGUCACAUCAAAGUUUGCUAAAUUGAGUAUAGCCAGAGAACAGCUGAAUCCUGUGUGGCUUACGAAGAAGGAAGAUCCUCUUCUCAAUGUACUGGAAGAUGCAUGUAUUUUCUUUUGGCUUGGUAUUUGGAGCAUUUCUUUCUUUUCCAAUACAUUUUGAAUCAGCUUGCAAGGGAGUGUUCUUCCCAUUGUAAUGUUGCCCCAUGUAUUGUAGCAACUGAAAUGGGAUUUUGUUUAUUUUACUUGAGAAACCCCGCUUUAUCUGAUUAUUAGUUUUUGA